GGAGGAGGAGGAGGAGGAAGAAGACGAGGAAGAGGAAGAGGAAGAGGAAGAGGAGAAUCGAAAGGAAGAAGACAUCUACGAAAACGAUAGACGAGACGAUAGAAAGGAAAAAUCCGACGAAACCAUGACGCAACAAAGCGGCGCUGGGUCGCCCCAGCAAUUUUGCCUGAGGUGGAACAAUUACCAAACGAAUCUGACCAAUGUGUUCGAUCAGUUGUUGCAGAGCGAAAGUUUCGUCGACGUGACCCUUGCUUGCGACGGACACAGCGUGAAGGCACACAAGAUGGUACUGUCCGCCUGCAGUCCGUACUUUCAAGCAUUAUUUUUCGACAAUCCUUGCCAGCAUCCGAUCGUGAUCAUGAAGGAUAUCAAGUGGCCGGAGUUGAAGGCCGCGGUCGAGUUCAUGUACAAAGGCGAGAUAAACGUGUCGCAGGAGCAGAUCGGCCCUUUACUAAAGGUCGCGGAGAGCCUGAAGAUCCGCGGUUUAGCGGACGUGAACAGCGAGCACGAGCUUACGUCGAGAUCGAGUUUGGAGGAGGCGGCGAAUGCAGCGAACGCGGCGAUGCAUAGGAAGAAACGACGUCGAAUAUCCGGCGAGAGAUCGCCGCCUAACAGCAGCCCCGAUCGGAUCGUUAGCGGCAAUUUGGCGGACGAUCAAGAUGGUAGCAGCAGCGGGGCGGGCGUGAUCAUGCCUGACAUUCACAGCAUGCUACCCAGCAGCUCGACUCCUCGAUCCAUCGGCUCCCCUGGUACGCCCAACGUCUCGGUAACACCGCAGAUCAACCUCCAAGAACUUCCGGUAUCGUUGCCUCUGCCACCGCCGCCGCCGCCACCCCCUCAGGGACAGCAGCAGAGUUCGCACUCGGUAUCCGCUCACCACGUGCCCGGCCACGUGACUUCCGGUCCCCACGCCUCAGUCAACCACCUGACCGCUCACGGCCAGCAGCUAACCGUUCAGCAACAGCAGCAACAUCAACAACAACAACAGCAGCAGCAGCAGCAACAACAACAGCAGCAGCAACAGCAACAGCAACAGCAUCAUCAGCAAGGAGCUGCCGGUCAACCGAACCCCGGAGACGAUCUGGAGAUCAAGCCUGGCAUCGCCGAGAUGAUUCGCGAGGAGGAAAGGGUGAGUAGCAGACAAUGGAAUGCCAACUUAGACCAGGUGUCGGAUCGUAGCCACGCUAAUAAACCGUCUCCGACUAGAUAAAGUAAAGCGGAAGUCGAUCGUACGAAUUGCGAGUACCUACAUUUAUAUGAUGAGAAAAGAGAGGAAAGGAGCGAGAGAAAUGAUGGUGGAAGAAGUUUACGGAUGGCGAAUUAAAAUUGCUCGUAAUCGCGAAGAUUUAACGACAAAAGUAGGGUGGAGGGGUAGCGGUAGCAGGGUUAUUUACGAUUUUUAAUAUGCGGAGAAUCGCAGCCCGGCCUCCUAUUCGCUCAUCCGUCCGCCUCACUCGGCUAUGAAUAAACAUUAAGUUCCUCGUUACUCCUUUUAAUAACUUUUUAUACUUCAUAUUUUAUUAAUGCAAGACAUUCCGAUCGGACCCGCUACGACGCGGCGGCGCAGCCAGUUGCGCAACGUGAUUUGCGUUUCAAUAACGCGCGUACCUACUUGCUGUAUUAAGUCUUUUCUUCAUCAUCCUCAUCAACAUCCUCUUCUUCUUCUUUCUUUUCUUUGCUUCUCUCAAGUAACACUGUUUGUAUUAUGGGGAAAGAGGAAAGGUUCGAAAUCGAGCGGGUUUUCGGAUGUGAAAAAGGUUGACGAACAGACGCAAGGAGGGAAGAGUAGGUGAGCGCGUACAGGAAGAGGGCAGAAGCGGCGUAACUGUAUUGGCCCUGCACGGUGGCUGGAUUUUAAUCGAAGCGCAACGUAUAAAGUUGCUGAAAAUCAGAUUAUCCCUGCUCGUCCUGUUCCUCGUCCUCCUACGCUAGCCGCCUCGUUCUCCCUUCCCUCUUCGCGAUUUCUGCUUUCCGGUUGGCCACGACUGCGAACCAUUUUUUAUUCGCCCAGUUUUUUAUCUCGCGGAUUUUUAUUGAUUCCUGCAAAUCAAACGUUCUAUCCGCCAGGAUCGAGCCAGUUCGAGCCGCUUUCGCAGCCUCUCGAACCGACUCUUUUCGCUCAGCCCCGCUACCCCCUCGAUAAUCGAGAAAACCCAUCGUCCGUCGAUGCUUUUUCGCCACCGAUUCCGAAACCCGAGUCCGGCACGCCGCUACCGAAUCUUCUUUCAUAAUUUUCUCCAAGUUAGACUUUGACGAACCAGCCGAGCAGAGUCGAUUCUUGAUUUCUUUACGCCGACCCGUACAGUUUCUCAGAACCGUUCUAGCUAUUCCACGAGUUAAUGGAAUGUCGCGUUGUUGCCGUCGCGACCUUCGCAACGAUUCUUGUCCCGAGGCGAGUCUCUAGAUAUUCCGCCAAGGAACACUUUGCCAACGCUCUCCGAUCGUUCGAUGGGGAAAAACUUUCGACAGACGAGACACGAUGGAAAAUCGUUGGAAAACUCGUUGAACCGUUUUCACCGUGGUCCGCUUUCUUCCCAGCAAGUCGAAACGAUUCCGAUUCUUUGCCUCCUUUCCUCUGCCUCGAUGUUUGAUCUUCUAUCGACGGUAAUAGCGUUUUUCUUCCAUUAACGCGUUCUAAAGCAGUGUUUCUCAUAGUUUGUUCGAAAAUCCCGUGAGAAAUCGAAAAGAGGGUGGCGUUUGGUCCACGGGCAAGGGCAAUUAGCCCUGCGUCGAAAAUUCACGAGGCAAUAAUUUCGCGCAACUAAGCGGUCGAUGGGCAGGAGGGAAGCAGAGGAGAGCGGGGCAACGUCGUGCAUGAACGUUACAGUAUUAUUUUUAAUAACGACUGCUGAGAAGUGGGGGACCCGUUUGCCAUUACGUUACGCGGUAAAUAAUAAACGUUUAUAAGGCCUUGAAAGUUAUUAUACAAUAUAUACGUUCGUAUACGCCCGAUGCCAUUACUAGUAUCGUAUAUUAUUAAUGCAGCGGCGCUCAACCAACCCACCGUCGUCGUCGUCGUCUCUGUCGUUAGACGCGCUCGUGCGCUCUUAGCUUCGAUUCUCGCUAUGGCUUUUUCAUCAUAUUUCGUUCUCGAACCAAUACAUAUCGUGUUGAAACAAAAUUUAACUACAUUUUACUAUGUAUUCCUCUCUUUGAUAUUGUAACAUUAGUAUAGAGUAGCAUGACUAUUCUGACGGGAAAUUUCGGAGCACGAAAUUCGUCGCACACCGGGAAUCGCGUAUGAUCAACGACGCGGACUUAGAAACGGAAAAUAUCCGUCAAGGUAACUCGGCCGUGAAACAACACCCGCCAACUGACUCUACCCGCUUCCGAUGUAAUUAUCAUACACGCGGACGAAUAAUGAAACGUUGGAGGAUGUAAUUGAGGCGAACCGCGAUCUCUACACGAAUUCUUUUUCGUGGAUCGUUGGUCGUCGUAAUUCGAUAGAUUCCGAAGAAAAGCAAGAUGUCCUGUAUCGGCCUGUAGAGAAUAACGAGGGGGCAGUAAGUUUCGGUAGAGUCGCGACAGGCUAAUUGCGCAGUUAUUUCGUUAAGAUAAGAGUUCGCGUUUCAUGGUCGCUUCACGCUACAUGGAGAUUAGGCGAAUUAUUAUAUUUUACGUGUACUAUCGUGCCGAGACGAUAGCGCAACCAAAGUUUCGUAUCAAUAUUUAUUGUAAACGAUAAGAUUAAAAGGAAUUUGUUAAUGCGCCGUUCGUAUUUAUAUUGUUACGUCAGGCGGCAGCUCGAGCCAACCGUACACCAAGCCAUGCCUCUUUCUAUCGAAUAAAAUAAAGCGGUUCUCAUUUUAUCCUCGUGAAAAUAGACAAGCAACGCGUACGCGAAGCUUCGAGUUCGAGUUAAAUGAAAGAUUGCCCGUGGACGAGAUCGGAGCAUCGUCUUAACGUGGAUAAUUUUCCACAGGAAACGAGGUAAAAGGGGUUGGAAGAUGGUUGUCGGGUAGUUUUGCCGGUUAAAAAGAAGGUCGGUCCUAGGCGGUAACGAGGCGCUUAUCGAUCGAUAAUAAUUUAAUGACAGUUAUUCCCGAACAGACUGUUAUUUCUCUGGAGGCACGGGCCGGCUAAAAUAUAUUUUUGUAUCGUUCUAGUCGGCGACUGGAAAGUCGAUUCGUCACGACCUCCGCGUAGAAAAUAUGCUACUUCAUUCUCAACGGAGAAACACAGAGGGAAGGAGAGAUCCGCUCCGCGGGAGCGGUUGUGCGCUCGCGACACACAGAGGGAAAUACGAACAGAGAGGCAAGGGAGAUUGGGGCGAAAGAGACGAGGGGGGUACACCUACGUACGUCUUCUCUUACGUUCGUGUGUGCGUACGCGCGCUGGUACUUAUAUAUAGAAUUAAAUAUACGAUACAUUAUUCAUUUUAAGUUCUUUCUCCUUGCUUGUCCGGAGAACGUACGUAUUACCCGCACACUACGCGAUCGCGCACACAAACGUACCCUCUCUCUCUCUCUUUCUCUCUUCCUCAUUCUUCGCUCCAUGCCCUCUUUCCUUGUCUCCCGCGAAACCGUUCACGGACACGGGUAUACGUACGCUUCUAGGUGUCUGUGUACGUUGUAUAUGUAUACACGCUUAGGACGCGUACCGUCGAAACUUACGAGCGCGAGCGCGCCGUUAUAACUUUUUAUUUUAAAGAAGGCAGCGUCUCAUUUGCAAUUCUAUGCAGCACGUCGAUACGCCUGAUUUAUCGUUACUAUACUUAUAGCGAGUCUGCGAGCUUCUGCUACAAUUUAUAUCGCGAAUACGCGACAACUUUGGAAAGAUCUCUGCCGAUCGGAGGACGAUUUCGUCCGCGUCUUCUGAAAUGCCGAAAACUAUUUACAAAGAAGUUACUAGGAAGACGAUGCGUAUUUCGUUAGGGAACCGCGACAAUUGGCAAUUAAGAAAAACAAGACACUUGGAUGGUACCGCGUUCGAUCCAGGGAACACGGAAGAGGAAUGACGUUACCAGUUACGGGUCAAUGAUCGAAAUUAAAAGCGGUAAGCGUUCACGGCGAUACGAUAAUUACGUUGUAACACGACGAUAAGGAUGAUUGCGCGCGCGUUGACGUUAAACGAGUUGUACGCGCGUGCCGCUGCUCCGAAACGAGAAAAUCCGGUCGAAAAGGUGGACGGACCAGUCGUCGGCGAGAAGAAGCUCUCUCGCUUGUCGUCGAUAAAUCGAGCCGGAUCGAUCGUUCGGAAAGAUCAGAUUAUCGCGCGGAGGCGUGAAAUUUGCAACGGCUUCUCGACGGGGGUUGGGAGGUAUGUCCAGAUAAGAUUCGAUACGAGGCGAAACACGCGUGGCGAAUGAUGUAUUUAGCGUGGAAAUAAAUUCGACCUUGAUCGACGGUUCGCGGAUCGGGGGUACGCUAACUCGUAAGAGAAGUAGAUCGUAAAAAAAACGUCGGCAAUAAAAAUGGUAAUGCACCGGGCAAUACGCGCAUAAUACCAGCUAUUAUCCACGCGCGUCUUCCUUUAUUAUCUUCUUUAUACUCGAUACAGUACGGAUCGUAAAGAUCGCGAUAGUAAAAAGUAUUAUUUUGUACCGUAUAGGCCGGUGGACGAACUAGUGACUCUUUUUCUUCUCUCCCUCUCUUUCUCUGUGCGAGGUGAAGAAAACUGUUACGACAAAAGAUCGACAGAGAAUCGAGUUAACGAAAGCGUUUUUAAUUAGCCGGAUAGCAAGUCAGGAGAUUGCGAGAAUUGAUAGGUAAAAAAAAAAGGUGAGAAAUUAUUGCGAAAAGAAAGCGGGGUGAACAGAGAGAAGAAGAAGCGUCGAAUAGUGCCUAACCCGUCCCGUUCGACGCGAGUGAGCACCAUUGUUCGACUUAUCGGCCUCCACCACGUGCUUUACAUAAUGGUAGUGUCGAAAAUGCGGUUUAACGAUAUCUAAACACGAGUACUCGGCCGUUUUAACUGGAAACGCACGGCACGGCACGGCGGCAGGGGGUGGCCCUGUUGCGCGACAGAGAACAGGCCAAGCGCUCGUUGUGUUUUCCACCGGCAAAAUCCCCUUUGGUAGGGAAUAUUCUGAACUGGAUACCCUGUGCUCCCUCGCGCUCUUGCGCGCUCGCUUUAUCGCGUACGCGUGUGCAGGCCAUCGAAAAGAGAGAAAGAGGAGAGAACGGGGAUGAGAUGGCGCGGGAAUGGGAACGCAUUUGCUGUGAUGCGCUGCGAGAAGCAGAUAUCGGUUUACAUCCGAACAAUUACUGCCUUUUAUCGGCCCGAAAACGUUAUGCUAAUUGGUUCGAUAUUCGCGGGACACUCGAUGAGAAACGAUUCUUACGACUCCCCGGCUUCGUUUUUCAAUUCGCUUACAACCGCUCCUUCGUCUUUGAAAAUAUAAUAAAUACCAAUUUCAUUUUAAAGCAAAGUCUCGGAGAAAAGUAAAAGUGGCACCAAAAUCGAAGUCGUUCGAUCCGAAGGAGGAGUCGGAAAUCGAGGUCGAUGGAAAUUGCAGAACCGUUGCUCGUGGCAUCGUACGGCGUUGUAAGACGAAGAUAAAUAUUUUUGUAAUCGUUAAUUGUAUUUGACGCGUCGGUGAACGAUGGAAAUUGUUCGUCGGGCUGUUCCAUUUGCGUAUCAUUAAAGUGGCGGAGUAACAAUAAUAUCGGUACACGUGCAUAAACAUUCGUAUAAUAAUUAUUCUAUUUAACGUGGUAUCGUUUUGCGCUUCGGCUCGUAUUUUUACGACGAUCCGAACGAGGCGACCGUAAAGUCGUCGCGACAACGCCACCGGAUAGCUGCGUUUACGACUCAUUAAAUAACUACAUUGUACAACACGUGUAUAUAUAUAUAUUAUAUAAAUAUUCAUACGAUCGCGAUACCCGAUAACAGCCAGACGGAGCGGAGUUCCGGUUUUCUCGAACGAUCGAACCAAACACGGUCCAACUAUCGAGCCACCGUGUACAACGAUGAUUAGCCGUGUUAGAAAUAUUCGUCGAGCUAUUAUCGCAUUACGCGUAAUUGGACGCGAAGAGACAAGGAGACAGAGGAUGGGCAGAGAGAGAAGAGCGCAAACGUUAUCGUUCGAAGCACCUUACUUGCAAUUACGAUAGGUAGUCAGGCUCCUUACGUGCCGUAACGUAACGUAAUGUAAUAUCAAGGCGCAUGUAACAGGGAUAUUCGCGACUUGCGUAAAGUCGGCUUACAUCUGUAUUGUUACUUGUGCUAGUUGUCCGUCAAUUAGCCGGCCCGGUUAAUCUACUUUCCCGGAAUCGUGUCAACGCUAUUCAAUACUGGUACAAGUAUUUUCUUAUUCAAUUUACAGUGGGUUAGUGGUACAAGUAAAGCCGGCUUUAUUAGAAGGCAAUGCGUGCGUAACCGAGCGUAUUCCAAUAUCUGAACAAAGAGCUGCUAAGUGUAAGUGGAGCUAUCGUUCUGUCAAGAUCUUUUCGCCGUCGCGUUUCGAUGAAAGAUACGAAACGUCUUACUUGCCAACACCGUGUUCCGCGUGGUUUGUCCUAUUACUCGGCAGAAGGUAGUUGCGAGUGUGGAAAACCGUGGAGAAGAAGUAGAGGAAAAAGAAGAAGAAGAAGAAGAAGCUCCGAUUGUCGACGGCGCCGUCCAAGUUUGGCCGGGAACGAUUAUUCGUUGACGACAAAAGAAAUCGGCCAAGCCAGACGGUAAUAGCUACGAUUAUCAUAUUCGAUGAAAUAUCGUUGGUGGGCGGACGUACGCGUCGCUACAAAUUGCGGGGACAAAACUAGUUUGUCGCCUCGUACGUCCUCGCCGAGCAAUUUACGAAUCGGAAAUUGCCGAAAAUAGGCAAACCGUUGCGCGAUCGUCGCUGUUUUCCGCCGUCGAAUUCGACAGCUUUUCGCAUUCUCGGUUUCGAUGCUUCUCCAUCGUAAAACCUUUCGAUUAGUCGUCGAUUAACGUGGACGCUUGGUCAAGGCACCGCACCACCGAAGAAACGUUAACGAUGACGAACUUGUAAAAGGGAGAAAAAAAAGCGAUCUCUGGAGAUCAGGAAACCUCGUGUAAACGUUUCGUAAUCGAUCGGUGGCCAACGCACGAGGCGGACGUCUAAAUUACACUCGCCUGUUGGGACGAUCGAAAGAUAAUUAUCCAUAAUUUUACAUUUCGAUCGAAAUAUCGUGUUACGGUUGCGAGUUUUUCCCUCGAACCGAGCGUUGGAUGGUCCGUCGUUACAAGAAUGAUCGAUAUCGUGGAUCCUUUCGGGAAAUUAUGUAAGUAACCUCGUCGAUUGAACUCGUCUCGUAGCUAUUCUAAUUGCGCGGCUUCUUUUUCAACGAGUUUGCGAGUCACGUUUGCUUUACGAAUAAUCGAUGAGCACAGUUUAUCGUAAGACAACGUCAACGUUCACGUAAUUUGUGACGAUUUAACCGGCUACCUGGAUUACAAAAAAAUCUAACACAAAGCGUUUAAUUUAUUCUGCAUCGAUCUGUUGGGAGGACAGAUUUGUCGUACCUAAAGAAUAUCAAAAAAUUGUUGGAUCGUUUCGUAUAGAGUAUCUGAUGAAACGUAUUUUUCGCGUUCGUGGAACUUUCGAAUGCGUUUAGUCGACGGCCAACCGGAUUCGCGGUUGAAGAGAUCGACGGCUAAAAUCCCCUUCGACAAUUGGCGAAACAAAAAAUUUCCACGUUGGACGAGACUUCCGGCUGACAGAUCCUCUUCGAAGACUAGGAAAGUUGCACGCGGGGCUGUCGAUUCGCUAAAUUUAAUCGGGAAUUCGUAUCGGAACGAUCCACCGCACCGGUCCAUGGCCGCUCAGGUGAUUCGGUUGUCUCGAUUUCAAGGCUGACGUUGAAUAGUCAGCCGUGGAAAAGUCAAUUUGUAAUGCAACGGCCACCGCUCGAACUUAAUCCACGAGCGCGCAAAAGUAAUUCCGGAGGGCCGCCCGUUCGGCUACGAACGGCUGCGAGUCGUUGGAAAUAUCGUUCGAAUUUCUAAACUGUCUAUCGUGAGUUUCGCUCUUCCCUGUUUCCGCGGAAUAAUAAUAAUAACAAUAGUAAUAAUGAUAAAAAUAAUAAUAAUGAUAAUAAUAAUAUAAAUAACAGUAAUAGCGGUAGCAAUAAUAACGGCAAUAAUAACGCUCGUAAUAAUAGCAAUAAUAAUAACAAUAACAGUAAUAACGACAGAGCGUUAUUACGCGUAAUAAUUUUCAACGGCGUAAUCGUUAAGACAGGACGUCCCAGGGUAACUGCGCCUAUAAUCGUUAUCGUUACGGUUUACGCCGCUUUCUCUAUGUUCCCUUCGUUCUUUCUUCUCCUCCGCGUCUCCUCCCUCUUCCCUUCUUCUCUUCUGACCUUUUUCUUGCUAUCCUUGUUCGUUAUUUCUAUUAUGGUAAAAUUUUAUUUCCGAAGGUUCCUCGAAUUUUCCCGUAGGAAGGAAAAUUCGUUUGCGAAACAAUUAAUCUAAUGGUUAAGCGAUCUAGGCCGAUGGCGAAUACACCCCUUUCUUGGAGAAGCAAUCGUAUCGCGAAAACCCUAGUCGAGCGCGAAGUAGGCAUUUUGUUUGGCCGUUCUUUCACUGGCGAGAAGACGCUUUCUGGAAAAGGGUUGGAAGGAUGGUGGGUCGGUUGGUAGUGGUGGCACACAUACUCGAAAGAGAGCAUUAGUUUCAACGAUUAUUAGAGUUAGUCCUAGCCGAAUGAGUUUCAUAAAUGCCUCGGGAAAACUCUGGGCGUAUACUUGUAUUUAUACGAGCGGUUGGUCGGAGGGCGAGGGGAGGACGAACGAAGAGGUCGUAGGAGCGCGAGGAUAGGAAGAGAAAGAGAAGGACGGCAUUCGCGGAGCCAAAGUAUCCGUCGUUCCGCUUCGUCCCCAGGGGUUGGGGACGCACGGGCUCGCGCGAGUACGCUCCUUCUCUCUUCACCCCCUUGCCCCUCCUCACCGUUUCCCGUUCCUUUCCGUACUCUCCGCUCGCCUCCUAUUAUUAUUAUUUUUUAUCACAAUAUUUGCUUUUCCCACAUUCUGUUUUAUGUUAAUGGUCGCUGCCUGCCUCCCUCCACUCGCCCCGUCCUCGCUCCUUUUUCUCGCUGCUUCCCGCUUCGUAUGCAUGGCCUCGGGGAACUUUUAGCAUUUUGUCUCGAAUUUAAAAAGUUUUUCCGUCGCUCCCGUCCUUACCCUCUCCCCCGUUCUCCUCCUUUUCUCUCUCUCUCUCUCUCUGUUUCUCUUUUCUCGAUUCUGCUGUUUCUGUAAAGCAGGCCCCCUCGUCACACCGCAAUUCUCUGGUUCCUCGUCACCUACUCUCUUCGUUUCGCUUCCGUUUCUCUCCAUCGUUCCUUUCGAAACAUCUUUGCUCCUUUCUCUCGCUCGAUUCGUCUUCGCGAUCGUGGUUCGCGGGAACGUCGCGUUUCGAGUAUUUAUUAUUUACCACGAAUCCUCGAAGAUCGAUGGUUGACAGAAUAAGUAUGACGAGAGAACAAGGGAAACCGUAUCCUCCAAGUUGGCAACGGGAAUAAAGUUUCGCGAUACAGAUUCGACGCGGAAUCGAUCUGUUCCGCGACGAGGACGAGGACGACGGCGGCUGUGUUCUCGUGGUUCGCGAGACGAAAGGAAGAAAAGGGGGUACGCACGGUUGGCGAACGGUGCCGUCGAAGCAAGGAAACGUAGGCAAGAGCGUAGUUUCUUCGGCCCGAAAUCCAUAAGUUGAGAAAUUUUUCGCAGAGUGGAAAACUUUCGAAUAAUACAGCGUUCGGUCUCCACAUCCGUGCUUCGCCGCGAAGUUUUGUAAUAUAUUACGCGUUUCUCUGGCUCGUCCUGGGCUUUAACGGCGCUGCACACGGUCCGGGAACAAAUUGGAAUUUUUACGUCUGAAACUCGGUCGUCACUCUUUGUACUUCUUUCUUCUUGUUCCUCUUCCUUCGACCAGGAUUCGGUUCGUCAUUGCCGUUUCUCGAAUUCUUUUUUCGAUAUCGUUUCGUACUCGCAGCUUGCGGUUCCUAUAGUGGAACGUUUAACGCCGAUGAUUUGAGAAAUUUUUGGUAGAUUAGACGAAACGUCGCGAUCUUUUCGAGCAAGAGCGGUGAGCAAAAGCUUCGUUCCCGUUUCGUUCGGUUGCAACAGAAUUAUUUUGCCGUCGACGAAUCUCUUGGAAACGAACAGAGGGAGAGAAUCGGUUUCGCGGCGAGUAGAAAUGGCCGUUUUAUCGGCUCGAAAUCGAUCGAUUCGCGCACCGUAGUCUCGCGCAAAAUAUUAAAACAAAAAAAAAAAAAAAAAAAAAAAAACAGGGAAGAAAAAAGUAGAGUGAAAAAAAGGGAGAUAAAGGGAGAGGGAGAGCGGGAGUAGAAUAGAAUUCCUCGUAUCCCGCUCCAUAACUUUUGAUGAGUUUCAGCGAGUCGAAACCGUGGCGAGAUGUGGAUAUAAUUUUAUCCAGUUUUUUAUUGCGGACAUGUUGAACUGGUAAGGGCUUCGAUAGCGGCAGCUGAAUCGGAAAUAUUGCCCAUAAAUAUCGGAGAUACCCAACCAGCCACGUGUAACUUCACGCACGUGCAGCCUGGUCGCGUACGUACGCGCGAUUCUCGGCUGUGUGGUAUCUCGCGGAUUCGUAUAGCGCGCGAGCAUCCCGCACCACACGCGAAUUGCCUCUUCCUCUGCCUCUGCCUCUUUGCCUCCCCCUCGCCACCCGCCUCCUAUCUGCCGUGUACCUGCAGAUAGCCGAUUCGUAUCGUCAAUCCUGGCUAUCCUAUAUAUACGCACACCUAUACCCUGUACCCUUCACAGUCUGGUAUAGGGCCUACGUCCCUACCGCGUCCCGUAUCUAUUCCGCGACGGCUCUAUCGCGAAAUGGAUUUUUUUUCAAAAUCGUGAAAGCGCUUCCGCCCUGCCCCUUCAUCGCCCACCCAUCCUCCCUCCUUUUCCAUCCCCUCGCACCGUUUGCCUCUGCUAGCCGCGCCUCGCAUACCACGCUGGCAACCGCGGUUACGCUGGAAAAAAUGUUUCGAAUUCCUCGAAUCGCCGCGAUUAGUUUCCGUCUCGAUUGUUCCGACCGCUUCGACCGCUUUCGACCGUUCGACCGAAUAUCCUAUCCGAAAGCUCCUUUGCCGAUUCGAUCGCGACAAAAAUCAGGAACGCGUCCGUUUAUAUAUUUCGACGGGUUCUCCCCGCGUCGCGUCGUUCGAAGCGUGCGAAACGAGUCUCGGCACGGUCGAAGCGCGACAAAAGGCGAAGAGUGGCUCUUUCAUUGGCCGUGGUAGAAAGCGCGAAAUAAAAAAGGAGCGUCGCGAACGAAGUGGCUGGAUCGGGGGUUGGCAGAGGAUGCUGUAGAGGUGGAGGGAGGAUAGGAAUAAAGGAGGCUUCGCAUUAUUUUAAACGCGGACCUCCGACUCUCCCAUCCUCCAUGCCUGCCUGCCUACCUCUCUUCCUCCCUUUUCUCUUUCCGUUGCCGCUUUGCCAGCGGUUUUCGGCCGGGAAAGGUUUUCCCCGGAUAGGCGCGCACCAGAACAAAUCGCUGAGAACCGACGCGUUCGCAGAAACAAAAAGAAAAAAAAAGGAAAUAAAAGGAAAAAGAAUAAAGAGAGGAAAAAAGGCCGUAGAAAAUUCGCGGCAUCGCGGAGAUAGAUAGGCCCGGAAAACGGUUCCCGCUUUCCGAGACGCUUUUCAACGACACCAGCGUUGUUCCCGAGGCGCGAUCGUGAUCGCUUGAUUCCUCGAUUGCCUGUGUUUCUUUCGUUCCUCGUUCAAACCGAUCGUGAAAUUAUUCUCUUCCAAAAUUGAUAUAAAUGAUCGAGCAAGCGUAAACUCCGUGAAUCGAAUAGCCGAAGAAUACCUUGGAGAGAAAUAAAAAAGGAGAAUCACGAAGUUGCAGGGAAAUGUAGAGGGAAACGAUCGCGAUGCUUUCUUCUCGAUAAACUUGCCGCUACGUUCAAGUAUCAAUCCCGUUUCGUGCUCGAACAGGUUGGCGGGAUAAUCGUGCUCGACGACGACGACGUUCAUGGGGCGAAAAGGUGGCGGUAAAUGGGUGGCGAAGUAACGCGAUCCAAAGAUUCCGACUCGUCCGUGGGAUGCUUCGAUGCUCCAGGCUGUGCAAUGCUACGAUGGUUCGCGCGACGCCAUUCUCGGAAUCUUUCGGGCCAAUGCCUCGAACGCGUUUAGCAUCCACUCGAUGCUUCCUCCUCUCGGAUGCUAAGUACGCCCUCGGAUAUGAACGUGAUUAAUUACCAGCAAAUAGGAGCCGACGUAGAUUGAUAUAUCGAGCGUUCUUGCAGCUUUCCCGUCGAUUUACGGUCGCAUCUAUGGGUUAUGACAAUAGGGACAGAAGAGGGAGCGUGGUGGGUGGAAGGGUAAGAGGAGCGAGGGGUUGGUAUACGCCGUACGCGGUUGUCGUCCUCGAUAGGCCCAACAGAGAGAAAGCGGAUGAAUAGAUAGCUGGAUAGAUAGACGUAUGACUGGACGGUUGGAGGAAGAGGAGAGAUACAUGGUAUCGAUGGAAAAAAAGGCGGGUCUUGUUCGUGAAAAAUGACAGAUCGUGAAAAAACUUUGGCAAGAAAUUACGAACGUUUCGGAAUCGUUGGAACGUUAGCCCGAUAUUUGGGAUCGCGAUAAAGCAUCGAGCAGCGUUCGGUUACCGCUUUCGCGGCGAACGACCGUGAAAAAGAAACGAAAUGGAACGGUACGAGGAUAAUGACUAUUCCCUGACUCCCUUUGCAGCUUUCCCGAUCGGGAUCGAUGGCGAAGGAAACGAGGUUCGAGCGGCGCGUCUAGAAAUUCCCGAACGACGUAGUUGGAAUAAUAAUUAGUCAAUUAAUUAACGUACACAUAAUUAUCAAGGAAGACGCGGAAAGCGUAGGUGGGGAAGGGAGGUUGCAAGUGCCAGCUGUCGCUUCGUCGGCAGCGUAACUACCAUCCACGCCUCGUUCGGUUUCGCCUUCGAUCAGGAAUUAUUCAGGAAACUAAUUGUGCGUGAAGUCUGCCAACGCGACCCUCUGCCUCUGUUUUACGCCCCUCUCUUCCUUCUCUCAUCUCCCAUCCCCCUACCCUACAUCCUCCCCCUUAACCCUUCCGCACCUCUACUCGAUUUCUCAGUCGGUUUUACUCUUUUUCCCCGAUACGAAUACUUUUCUCUCUCCCUCUGCCCGUUUCUCUUUUCAGUCUCCUCUCUCGACUCGACCCGACGCAACUCGAUUUGAGUCGAGUCGAGUCACUUUACCGCCCGCGUAAUACUUCCGCGGUCUUCUAUUCUCCGUAACCACCCACACUCGGGGUCGAAGCGCACCUGUCAGAAAUGGCAUUCUUUUUUGCAAUAUCCUGCUUCUCCAGGCCGGUAAGAAUAUGACGCAUCGAAUAUAAAAAAAUAUUCAAAGUUCGAUCCCUUAAUAUUGCCCCCGGACCUUUUAGAUCGUUCUCGACAAAACCGUGGAGCAACGAGACGAAGCGACGCGACGCGGCACGGGGUGGAUAAAGUAUGCGGUGCGCUCGGAACACCAGAUCGACGAGCUUGUGUUGUACGAAUCGUAUCUGUAUGCGGGCGAAUCGGGGCCGUGCUCUAGUAAUAACUGCACUCAUCUAUUUAUAUUAAUUAUCGCCGAUUAGCAAUACCAAUUAAUCGCAUUAUCGUGGAACUCUGGUAGCGCGCGCGGUCGGCGGGGACGAGUAGAAGCAAAGAGCGAGCUCGGACGAACAGGACGUGGGUAUGGUCGGAUGAAGUAGCAUGGUUGUUGUUGGCAUAGUCGUUGCUGUCUAUUGCCUCGUUGUCGGCGUUCCCUGUGUUGCCUAUGCCGUUGCCUAUGCCGUUAGUGGAAAGAGGGUGGUACGGAGGGCAACUCUCUAGAGCGGGGGUGGGAUCGUGCCACCGUGGCACCAGCGACGAGUCGCUCCGCCUCGUGAGUAAUUUACUGUUAUUGGUCGAAUUAUGCCACGGUCGAAUGCAUAUUUAUGCGGUUAAUUAUAAUUUAUGAUAAAGCUACGUCGUGAACGACGAGUCUGCCUGACGUAGCGAUCCUUCGCUACGACGGAUCGAUCGAAACACCGAGUAAAUGUUCAUCGCUUUCUUCCGGUUGCUUGUUCCUAAACAAAAUAAAAGCGAAAACCAGGGAUAUCCUCUUUACCGUUUCUUCUCGCGUCAGUGGUAAUUAACCGUGACGCCUUUUCAAUUCGGGGGGGGGGUUGUCGAACGAGAGCGUCGCGCCACGAUCUCGAGUGUGGCAAGAGGGUUGAUAGAGGGUGCGCGUGUAACGACUUAGGUGUAACACGAAAACAUAGUAUAAAUCCGUACGAGUGGGAGGCGGUGUCGCGUGCUCGUAACGUAGAAGGAGUAGAGCGGAUACGAAGGAGAGGAGCGGACGUUAGGGAUGCAAGAGUAACGGAAGAGGGCUGCUCGGAAAGAGGGGCCACAAAAAGCAACAGCUCGGGUUGCCGCAUAAUGGGGUUUUCAUAUUUUCGCCGGUGAAUGGCAUCGCGCAUCGCUGAGUCGCGUAAAUGGGAAGCCGCGCUACCAGCUUUCGCGUAGAAUGCAGUCGCAGCAGCAACUGCAAUCGCGAAUACAACGGCGGCAUCGACAACGAGGAUGUCGACGGCGCCGCGGCUACCACGACGACGACGACGACGACGACGACGACGACGAAGUUAGCGAUGAGCUUGACUAGCUCCGCCUGCCCGACAAAUUAAUAACUCGCGCGAACGGCCGCCGCGCAAACUCAACGGAUUCUCUUCAACCGGCUCUCAUCGUUUUUCUAUUUUAAUCGACUCCGUUUCCGCGGGGAGAGCUGCUUCUAUCGCGUCGCACGAAUUUACCGUCUUUUCACGCUCGUUAUUAUAUUAUCGUGCUCGAUUAUGACGGCGAGGAAACGCCGUAACCGGGAAAAUUAAUGCUUAUACUGAUGUAGAAUGAAAGAAACGCGUUCGCUCGUCGCGUCGCUUUUGGAAGCUAAACACGCGUUAACGUUGCUGCAAACAAAGAAGAAGCGAUCGUGAAAAAGAUCGUGGUGGCUCGUUGCUCGAAUCGCGCGGAUCGUUUGGGCUUCGAACGGCGUGAAACUGUUGACGUAAGAAGAAGGUUGUUUCGGCAAGUUGGUGGGAUAGGUCCGUAAGCUGGCAUAUCUUACGACCAUCGCUUAAUAUCGGCUGGGCGGUGCACCGCGUGUCUCGGCAAGUACAAGCGAUAAAUCGUGCGUCGUACGAGGCUAUUUACGCGAGAAGAGUUUCCACCCUUCGACCGGUUUCCUUUUCUACCCACCGCCUGUGUCUUCUUCCUCCCUCCUACCUUAACCCCUAGCCGUCACCGUCGUCGUCGUCGUCGUCGCGACUUUCACGAGCUUAACUUUCCCUAUCGGUAAGUGCGACCUAAAGCGAUUUGCAUUUAUAUUAAAAUAUUAAUAUAACGGGCCGACAAAGAUCGCGUUGAAACAGAAAGCGAAGCUACCUGAGGGAGUUGGUGGUUUCUUUGCUCGCGUGUGGCCGCUUAAACGCGUUCGCCGAGAAUAGAAGGAUGCGAGAGCGCGGGAGUAGAACGGAAGAGCGUUCUGGGCGAAGGAAGUCGGGCAGAAAAGGGAAAGGCAACGGGCUCCUGUGUGCGAACGUGUGUGAACGUGUGGUGGUCGGUGUUUCGAGCGUUUCGACGCGGGACGGAAGCCGCGUGAAAAAGAGCGUACACGCGGUCGUAUAUCGUGCCGCGCGGACAUUAAUUCCGAAAGGAAGGUAAGCCGCGUAUGUUGGUAUAUACGUUGGCGGUGCAAGUACCUUGCAGCUAAUGUCACUUUGAUUCUAGGUUGGGGCAGCAAGCCCGCGGUGCUGGAGGGGCUUCGGCAUGCCCGACCGCUCGCAGUAGUAGCCCGUAGUCAGCUUCUCGAGGCUCGUUCGAGCCUCCCAUACAUAUUCAUAAAUAAGAUACUCGCUUUUUCUCCUCUUCUUCUUCUUUGCCACCUUCCUCUUCCCUUGUUCCCGUUCCUCUUUUCUCUUUCGCCGCCGACUCGGCCCGGUUCUACCCACUUCCACCCGCUUCCACCGGUCUUCCUCUUCUUUUUUCUCUCGGACGAUCGCUUUGCCACGGCAACGGAAAAAAGAGCAAGUUUUCCCCUUCCGCGAGACGACGGGAUAUUUGCAUGGAAUCUCUGUUCUCCUGCCCGUUUGCCGCGUUCCAAGGGUCCGUGGAAUUAAGACGCCGCGGCGUUGACGAACGCCGCGCCUGUCUCCCACUUUGCUGAUAAACUCGCCAGCUUUCUUUCACGUCGCGUUUUUUUCGCACCAGAUAUCGAAACUUGCGGAGACGGCCGGCUCGUCCCUCUUUCGCGAGCGACGAUUUAUCGACGUAACCGAGUCGCGUUCCUCUUCGGAAAAAAGGUUCGCGAUACUCGACGGAAUUCUUUCAACGAUGUUCGAACUCGAUAAUCAGAAGAAAGACCAGGAUUGAGCAGGCCGCGCGGGGCCGAGUAGAGCGAUAAUUUUCGUCUGAAAAGCAUAGUAGAGUCGCGUCCGGGAUUCUGUAUAUGUUGGAUACGGUUUUCUUCCAUUUCCCACGAGACCGACCUUCGCGGUUCCUUCCACGUGUUCUCCGGCAUCAGAUAACAGUAUCCUAUUAAUCUUGUUAAUUAUUAGACAAAUUAACAUUCCUAAUUAUCGUUCUCGCUUCCAUUCUCUCGUGCUCGACGUUUAUUGCCCGCGCUCGUUGGAGCCUCGUUAGUCGGUUCGGACAGCCGGAGCAAUAAUAAUUAUCGGACCGUCUCGCUUUUUUGCCACUGCCCCGGAACCUGAAACAGCAACGGUUGUUAUCGCGCUUUUUACUUAUUAAACCAACGCCAAGAUUAACCAACUUUCCGAGAUUCCGCCGGUUUGUUGUUGAUCGCAAUCGACAAAGGAAUCGAGGAUAUUCUGUUCUCCCGCUUGUUUCUAGCAGCGUAACGCGCCGAGCUUAAAUCUCCCGGUUUUCGCCCAGCGAAAGCUACUCGGUGUUAAACAAAAAAAAAGAGGGUUGGUCGAUUUGAAGGGUGGUACGAGUUCAAAGCGCGAAAAGUUGACGCGGUCGCGGAAAACGUGCGUAGAAAGUUGGGAGAAUGGCAACGAAACGAAACGAAACGAAGGGGUUAGUGGUGGUGGUGGUGGCGUGGCGUGGCGUGGCGCAUUAAUGCGUCGCGGUGCGCUGGCCCGUAGGCCUAUGGGGUAGGUCGCGGAAGAGAUAAAUUUUCCAAAGACUUCUCAUCCAUUUGAAUGCGAGGAUCGCGCGGCGCGAGUAGAGCUUGGCUCUUCUUUGUGAUGCUAACGACUAGCGUUACCUGCAAAUAUGCAACGAGCCCGCAUAUUUUCCACUUAAUUGCAUUUUCGUAUUCGCCGACGUGCCAAGAAGCACCGGCGAUUCUCGAUCCCUCCCUUCGAGCUGAACGUGUCAGAAAAGGGAGGACCAUUCUCGCGUGGACGACAGUUUCGCGACUUACAUAUUUAUUCCUGCGAUCUCGUGCCGCGAGAUCGGAAAUUCAAAACCUGUCGCGACCCUAACGAACGAAUCGUUUUUCCACUUUCUCCCUUUGGUCUCUAUCCCUCGUUAAACGCAGACCGAUAAUUCUUCUCUCUGAUGUUUUUGAAACUCGCGCUUCGAGAAUCCACGUUCUCGCGAUCCUGGUAUCAUUUCGUAUUGUAGGUUAAUCUAUCCUCCAAGGGCAAAAAUUGCAAGUUGCUACGAAUGGUAAAGGGUUUCGUUACACGGGUGAAAUUCAAGAAGAGAUGAUAGAGCGCGGAAAGUCGGUAAUAUGAUUUGGUCGAUGAUGGAGGGAGAAAGGAGAAACGAACGUCUAGCAGAUAAAGCGCAAAGGGGCCCGGUCGCGUCGUCGAGGAGUAAAAGUGUUUCGAAGGCGGAACGCGUCAAGUAUGAAUCCUGAAAGGAUACGAGUUUCAUUUCCCGAUUGCUCGGCGAAAGGUCGCGUUAUUUCCGGACGUCGCGGAAACCGAACUUUAAUUCUCAGCUUCUGGGUAUAGAGGAGAGACUAGGUUGAUGGUAACGCAUUCGUUCGCGUUCUCCAGCGAUUCCGCGCGUCUCUCCUAGGUCCGCCUCGUUCGUCUCGCCUCCUCUCCUUGCCAGUCCCGUCGGUCUCGCCGCAACGACGCCAUCGCUCUUCUUCUUCGCACCCUCCUACCGCGACUAAUUGACGCGGGGUUGGAAAAUCAAGAUGGCCGACCUAUUACGCUUUCAAUCUCGCGUCCCCCUGCGUUGUACCCCGGAGGCAGCAUCCUCCCUAAAAAUAAAUAUAUUUCGCGCGCUCCAACGCUUCGUUCCGAUUCUUCCGCCCUCUUUACCGAAUUUCGGCUUCCCUCCUCUCUUUCAAGCUCGAUCGUUGGAGAACGGAUCGUCGCGUUUGUCGGGGGCGGGCGAACGGUUCAUCUUGCCCAGGGACACGUUUUGUCGGGCUCGUACACGAUUCUAGGGCAACCAUGGACUCGUUAUUUCGACGCAAACCAAUCGGUUAUACCGUGCGGGCAACCGUCUCGGUCGGAAGGUAUUACAAAGUCAUGGGGCGCCAUUGAAAAUUCCAUUUUGCGAAAUUUGUUAGAGGCUCGCGUAAAAAAUAAAAUCACCGACCGUAGCUCCGCUGUAAAAAAGAGAACUCUUUCCUUUUUUGUUUUUUUUUUUUUUUUUCCGCUCAUCUUCUCGGCUUCUCCUGUUCCGUUCGUUUAUUUAUUUUUGUAAUUUUUUUUUUUUUUUCAUAGGCAAA